UCUUUCAUCCAUACUUUGAACCUAUUGACACAAAAAGACAAAUUCACAUUUUCUUUAUUCACAUACAAUCAAUCACUUCUCUCUUCAAACCAAUCCUAAAUUUCCAUAUCAAUAUCUACCUCAUAAUCACUUAAAUUCUAGAAAUUCAGUAUUCAAUUUUGUUGUGGCUGAAAUUCAAGAGCUUUUUACUAACACAUGUUACUCAUCUAUAUAUAUAUUUUUUGUAUCUAAAGUUCUGUUUUUUUAUCAUGUUUUAGUGGAGAACCUUGGUUAAUGUUGUUUAGGAUUUUUGUUGUAAAAUAGAAAUUAUUAUUUUUUUUUUCAUGUUGAUGGGGUUAAGAUUGAUGUGUGAGACAUGUGGGGAAAAGUUUCUAUGACAGAGAUUUUGGUUGCUUGCUUUUUAGAGAACAAACAGGCAUAGAAUUUGAAAUAACAUCAGUGUCUAUACUUCAUGUUGGUUGCAUAUCUUAAGAAUUAAGUCAAAUUUGACACUGAUUUGAAGCUAUCUUGUGUUGUGCUGCUGAACCUUAGAUCCACUGUCUGAGAUAUCUGUUACUUUUUAUUGUCUUAUUAGGAACCUUGAAUAGGUAUGAAUAGGACUAUUGUUUGGUUUAGGAGGGACCUGAGAAUUGAGGACAAUCCUGCAUUAGCUGCUGCUGCAAGGGAUGGUUCUGUUUUUCCUGUCUUUAUUUGGUGUCCUAAAGAAGAAGGACAGUUUUAUCCAGGUAGGGUUUCAAGGUGGUGGAUGAAGCAGUCUCUUGUUCAAUUGGAUCAAUCACUGAAAUCUCUUGGAGCUGGACUUGUAAUCAUCAAAACUGAUAGCACUCUUCAAGCACUUUUGGAGUGUGUAAAUGCUGUUCAUGCUACAAAAGUGGUGUUCAAUCAUCUCUAUGAUCCUGUUUCGCUUGUUCGUGAUCAUAACAUCAAAGAAAAACUAGUGGAACAUGGUGUUUCUGUGCAAAGCUACAAUGGGGACUUAUUGUAUGAACCGUGGGAUAUAUUCGAUGAAAAUGGACAUGCGUUUACAACUUUUGAUGCUUUUUGGAACAGAUGCUUGCACAUGCAAAUGAAAACUUAUUCGCCUAUUCCUCCUUGUCAAUUAAUUCUAGCUCAAGGUGAUGUCGAGAAACAUUCAAUUGAGCAACUAGGUCUUGAAGAUGAGUUAGAAAUAUCAAGCAAUGCAUCAUUAGGAAGAGCAUGGUCUCCAGGUUGGAGCAAAAGUGACAAGGCAUUAACUGAAUUCGUCGAAAACCACUUACUUCACUACUCAAAAAACCGAUUAAGCCUCGGUGGCGACUCCACCUCACUCUUAUCACCAUAUAUUCAUUUCGGAGAAUUGAGUGUGAGGAAAGUAUUUCAGCUUGCACGCACAAAACAGAUAUUAUGGACACACGAAGGAAACAUCGUUGGUGAAGAGAGUGCAACACUUUUCCUCAGGGCUAUUGGAUUUAGAGAGUACUCGCGUUAUCUUUGUUUUAGUUUUCCAUUCACACUCGAGAGGCCAUUGUUAGGGAACCUGAAAUUUUUUCCUUGGAAUAAUGAUCCUUCGAAUUUUAAAGCUUGGAGGCAAGGUAGAACUGGAUAUCCAUUAGUUGAUGCAGGAAUGAGAGAGCUUUGGGCAACAGGAUGGAUACACAACAAAAUGCGAGUCAUAGUUUCGAGUUUUGCUGUGAAAAUGUUGCUUAUACCUUGGAAAUGGGGAAUGAAAUACUUUUGGGAUACACUAUUAGAUGCAGAUCUCGAGAGCGAUAUUUUGGGAUGGCAGUAUAUCUCAGGUAGCUUACCUGAUGGUCACAAGCUUGAGCGGUUGGACGACCCAAAGAUUCAAGGGACGAAGUACGAUCCAGAAGGCGAGUACAUUCGUCAAUGGCUUCCCGAGUUAGCAAGAAUGCCUGCUGAGUGGAUUCAUCAUCCAUGGGAUGCGCCGCACGGCGUGCUCACAGCAUCAGGUGUAGAGUUAGGUCAAAACUAUCCAAAGCCAAUCAUUGACAUAGAUUUAGCAAGAGAACAAUUGAGUCAAGCUAUAUUCAAGAUGUGGGAAACUGAAGCAGCUACUAAAGCUUCUAGCUCACAAGAUAAACAAGUUGUUGAUGAAAAUGAAAAACUGUUGAUUCCAAAAGUUUUCUUGAAGGACAAGGCUCCACACGGCGCUACUUCGUCGGAUGACCAAACGGUCCCGAUACUUCAGAAUCUCAAGAGUGAUGACCCUCCUGAUACAAAGAGACUGAAAUAUAUGGCUGAAGAGGAUCGGAAACCAGAUAAGUCGCAUAAUCGUAGCGACCAUACUGAGGUGUCAUGCAUUGAUCAAGAAGACUGUUCUACUGCUGAAUCUUCAUCCAAGAGACAGUGUUCAAGCACUUCUUCAUUUUAUGUCCCAUAAAGUGGUCAUGGACUCAUGGCACAAGAACAGAAUGAACAUUUUGAUUUAAUGGUGAUGAAACUUUUUUGGUGAGAUUGUAAAAAGAAACUUUAUUUUCUUGAGAGAAUUUAACAGUGCUGACUUGAAACAAUCAUUUAUUUCUUUUUUUCAUGUUUAGAAUUUUCAAUGUCUUGGUAAACCAAUUAGCCUCACCAAAAAAUUGACUUA